UUGCUCCAUCGCCUUGCAAACUUCCAGCGCGUUUGGAGUUUACCUCCAAAUGAAAAUACGGGGAAGGAAGUGACUGCUCUCGCGUGGAGACCAGAUGGCAAAAUUUUGGCUUUUGGCCUUACUGAUACCAAGCGGAUUAUUCUGUGUGAUGUAGAAAAACCUGAAAGUUUGCACUCCUUCUCCGUGGACUCUUCCAUUACCUACAUGCACUGGAUGGAGGUAACUGAAGAAAGCAGUGUUCUCACUUCAUUUUACAACGCGGAGGAUGAGUCAAAUCUCCUUUUGCCUAAAUUACCUGCACUACCAAAAAAUUAUAGCACCACUGCAAAAAUCUUCAGUGAAGAAAAGUCAGACGAGAUUAUGAAGCUUCUGGGGGAUGUAAGGCUCAAUGCUCUUGUUCUUGGUGGCAGCUCAGGGUUCAUUGAGAUUUAUGCUUAUGGAAUGUUCAAGAUUGCUCUGGUAACUGGGGUGCCAGGUUCUUGUCGUGGCCUAUGUUUGUCUAGCGAUUUGAAAUCACUAUCAGUUAUUACAGAGAUACAAGACUCUCCAGACAGUGAAGCAAAGAUGACAUACUUUCAGCUGGACACUAGUCUCUUAUCAAGUUACUUACCUGAAGUAACUCGAAUGGCUCGAAAAUUUACUCACAUUUCAACUCUUCUACAGUAUAUAAAGUUAUCAUUGACAUGCAUGUGUGAAGCCUGGGAGGAAAUACUGAUGCAGAUGGACUCGCGGCUAACAAAGUUUGUGCAGGAAAAGAAUACAACCACUUCUGUGCAGGAUGAGUUUAUGCAGCUGUUAUUAUGGGGCAAAGCAAGUCUGGAACUUCAGGCAUUAUUAAUGAACCAGCUGACAGUAAAGGGUUUAAAAAAACUUGGUCAGUCCAUAGAGUCUUCGUACUCGAGUAUACAAAAGUUGGUCAUAAGUCAUCUGCAGAGUGGCUCUGAGGCACUGUUAUACCACUUGAGUGAAUUGAAAGGAAUGGCAUUAUGGAAACAAAAAUAUGAGUCUCUAGGACUAGAUGCAUCUGGAAUUGAAGAUGCUAUUACUGCUGUUGGUUCUUUCAUCCUGAAAGCAAAUGAGCUGCUUCAGGUUAUUGACAGCAGUAUGAAAAACUUCAAAGCGUUUUUUCGAUGGCUCUAUGUUGCUAUGUUGAGGAUGUCAGAAGAUCAUGUGCUUCCUGAGCUGAACAAGAUGACUCAGAAAGAUAUCACAUUUGUUGCUGAUUUUCUUACUGAGCACUUCAAUGAGGCACCGGAGCUCUAUAAUCGUAAAGGAAAAUACUUCAAUGUGGAAAGAGUUGGCCAGUACUUGAAAGAUGAAGAUGAUGACCUUGUAUCACCACCUAAUACGGAAGGAAAUCAAUGGUUUAACUUUCUUAAAAAUAGUACCCAUCUUAAAGAAAGUCCACUAUUGUUUCCUUAUUACCCUGAGAAGUCGCUGCAUUUUGUCAAAAGGCAAAUGGAAGAGAUCAUUGAUCAGUGUUUACAGAAACCAGCUGAUGUAAUUGGAAAGUCAGUGCAUCAAGCAGUCUGCAUGACUCUCUACAAAACUUCUCAAAGUGAAGAUUCCACGCCACAGUUAUUUAAACUACCAUUUCUGUGGAAUGAUAAAACCUCCAAUAUCCAUUAUGUUCUCUUCACCAUGUUAGAAAGCUCUGUUUCCAAAAUAUACAUUUUGAGGAGACACACAGAUACUUCCAGGUCUGUCAGUAAUGGACUUACUGCUGUAGAGUUUGGAAGCUUCUUGAACAGCAGUAUAAAUGACAGCUCAGACUCAAGGUGCUACAGUUGUUUAGAUGCACAUUUCUAUGAUGAUGAGACAAUAACUGUAGUUCUGAAGGAAACUGUGGAACAAGAGGGGAAGGAGAGAAUCUUGGCUCAACUGCCUUUAUCUUCAGUGUACACUGAUGAGGACCAAGAAAAGGAAUUCAUCUGGGAUUCUGCUAAAAGGUUGGAUGAGCAAAGCGGUGAGAUACCCACACGGACAGUGCUUUUGGAGAAUCAGUGGAGAGUGCUGGAGAAUAUGAAAGCUCAGUAUGUUGCUGUAAAUGGUAUUAGAAAAGUUUCCUGUGUGCUAAGUUCAAAUCUCCGUCACGUGAGGGUGUUCGAAAUGGAUGUAGAAGACGAUGGGGAGGCUGAAGAGGAAGAAGAAGAAGAAACAGCUCCGACUGCAGCUGGGGAACCUGAAGAGCUGAACCAGUCUGCCGGCAGCCAGGACAACGUGUGUGGUGCUGCUGCUGAAGAACUGCCUGGGGAGCCUCACGAGCCUGGAUCCUUGACAUCGUCAUUGAUACCGGGAAAGGGACAAAGCUGA